AUGACGCGCCGACUUCGUAUCUUGAUCACAUCAGCUCUCGCGAUCGCUACCAUUUGGUACUUGACAGGAUGGCCCACAUCCCAGGAAUACACCCCGCCUGACGCCCUGCCGGGCACGUACCACCACGAUGCGUCCGAGCAUGUCAACUUCUGGCGCCAGUUCCAAUCACUAUUGAUGGAGCACAAACCAAGAUGCGAUCCACCGCGACGAUUAGCAAACGCAAAUUCAACAGGCUUCAAGGCUUCGGACCCAGAUCCCCGACCGGACCUCCUGAAGAUGACCACCCGCGAUAUUUUGCGCAUGAAGAGGGCGCACAUCGAGUUCGUCGACGCCAUUACCACCGAUCCGCCGCAGCUGGCAUACGUCCCGGGCACAAAGGGUAUUGUGACCACCGCGGGGGGUGCAUAUCUCCCAGUGUUGGUAAUCUCACUACGCAUGUUGCGCCGCACAGGCUCAUUCCUUCCCAUGGAGGUCUUUCUGGCCUCGCGCGAUGAGUACGAGGAAUACAUCUGCGACACGGUCCUGCCUUCAUUAGACGCCAGAUGUAUUGUGCUGUCAGAUGUCCUCAAUGCAGUUCCAAAAAGCAACAAAAUCGAGAAAUACCAGCUGAAGCCUUUCGCCAUGCUCUUCUCAUCCUUUGAAGAGAUCCUGUUCCUGGACGCCGAUGCAUUCCCGAUCCUGAAACCGGAGUUGAUCUUUGAGGAAGCCCCUUUCAAAGACACGAAGUUUGUCACAUGGCCCGAUUUCUGGGCUUCCACCGCUUCCCCAUUCUACUACGAGAUCUCCUCGCAGCAAGUCGCCCCCAUGGACUCGCGACAAUCAACCGAGUCAGGCGAAGUGAUCAUCUCAAAGAGAACACACCUCCGCACUCUCCUCCUAUCCACAUACUAUAACUUUUGGGGCCCGACGCAUUAUUACCGCCUCCUCACCCAAGGUGCCGCAGGCGAAGGAGACAAAGAGACCUUCGUCGCAGCAGCAGUAGCUCUUAGCGAACCAUUCUACCAAGUCAGCGAAAGCAUCUGCGCAAUGGGCCACGCGACAAAAGGCGGCCUCGCUGGAUCCGCAAUGGCUCAAUUCGACCCGAUUGAAGAUUACAGAUUGACGCAGCAGGGAGAGUGGCGCGUGAACGGAUCAAAAGCUACACAACCCCGUCCAUUCUUCAUCCAUGCGAAUUUCCCAAAAUUCAACCCGGCCACCGUCUUCAGCAAACAGGCGGUUAACCCGGCUUUCUUAGAUGAUGGGAACUAUACGCGGGCUUGGACGACGCCAGAGGAUUUGAUUCGGGGGUUUCCGGUUGACGUAGAGAAACAGUUCUGGGCGGAUAUUCUGUGGACAGGGUGUGAGCUGGAGACGAAAUUUGAGAGCUGGAAGAACAAGACGGGGAUUUGUGAUGGGGUGAAGAAGUACUGGAAGGCUCAGUUUGGGCUGGAGAAUCCGGCUUCUGUAUAG